GGGGCCAGAGAGGACGGGGCCUGCCUCGAGAGGCGCGCGCGCUAGCGGGCUGGCUGGCGGGGCCGGCCGGGCGCAGUGCCCACGGAGCCGGCCGUAGACCGCUGGGGGACGGAUUGACGCAUGCUCCUCCCCCUGGCCGGGGAGCGCGAGCCCGGGCCGGGUGGGGUGGCGCGCGGCUGGAGCGCGCGGCUCCCGCUGCUGCGGCAGAUUUAACAUCAUCAUUCCGGCUCGCGAGUCUGGUGACCUUUGUACAGGGAAAGGCGGCCGCGGGACUUCUUCUUAAAGGCCCCGCACCCUCACCCCCACGUUUAUCUCCCGUCGCUCCUGACCCCGGAGCCCCGAGACGAGCUCCGCUCCUCCCGAGCUCCAGAGCCCGACUCCCUGCCCUUCUCUGGUCGCAGCCGCCGCCGCCGAAGCCGCCGCUGCUGCCGCUUGUCUGCCGCCGCCACUUCCUCCGGAGUCGGAGAACCCGCGCCUGCUGCCGCGGCUCUCCCCGAGCCCUCCAUCGGCCCCCCAGUGCCCUGCGCCCAACGCCGAGCCCACGGGAAGCAUGUUGCCCAACACCGGAAAAUUAGCAGGAUGUACUCUCUUUAUCACGGGUGCAAGCCGUGGCAUUGGCAAAGCAAUUGCGCUGAAAGCUGCAAAAGAUGGGGCAAAUAUUGUUAUUGCUGCAAAGACCACCCAGGCCCAUCCUAAACUUCCAGGCACCAUCUAUACUGCUGCUGAAGAAAUUGAAGCUGUUGGAGGAAAGGCCUUACCAUGUGUUGUUGAUGUGAGAGAUGAACAGCAAAUCAGUGAUGCAGUAGAGAAAGCUGUGCAGAAGUUUGGGGGAAUUGAUGUUUUAGUAAACAAUGCUAGUGCAAUCAGCUUAACCAACACACUGGAAACACCUACAAAGAGAGUGGAUUUGAUGAUGAGUGUCAACACCAGAGGAACCUAUCUUACAUCAAAAGCAUGCAUUCCUUAUUUGAAAAAGAGUAAAAUUGCUCACAUUCUAAACCUCAGCCCACCACUAAACCUGAAUCCAAUAUGGUUCAAACAACACUGUGCUUAUACUAUUGCUAAAUAUGGUAUGUCUAUGUGUGUACUUGGAAUGGCAGAAGAAUUUAAAGGAGAAAUUGCUGUCAAUGCUUUAUGGCCUAAAACAGCCAUACAUACUGCUGCUAUGGAUAUGCUAGGAGGACCUGGUGUUGAAAGCCAGUGCAGAAAAGCUGACAUCAUUGCCGAUGCUGCAUAUUCCAUAUUCAGUAAACCAAAAAGUUUCACUGGCAAUUUUAUUAUUGAUGAAAAUCUGUUAAAGGAAGAAGGAAUUAAAAAUUUUGAUGUCUAUGCAGUUAAACCAGGCCACCCUUUAUUAUCAGAUUUUUUUGUGGAUGAAUACCCUGAAAUGGUUACCAAGGAAGUGGAAAAGCAACAAGAUGCGGCUCCACCAGCAAAAGAUUGGAAACAGUAUCUACAACAACCAAAAUUAGCUGCUGGAGCAGUUGAAGAAACAUUUAAAAUUCUUAAGACGGCUCUCAGUGAAGAUAUUGUGAAAGCUACUCAGGCAGUUUACCUGUUUGAACUCUCUGGUGAAGAUGGUGGAACUUGGUACCUUGAUCUUAAAAACAAUGGUGGGAAUGCUGGGUCUGGACAGCCUAGUGAACCGGUAGAUGUGGUAAUGACCAUGACCACUAGUGAUUUUGUGAAAAUGUUUUCGGGAAAACUAAAGCCAACAACGGCGUUCAUGUCAGGGAAGUUGAAGAUUAAAGGUAACAUGGCUCUAGCAAUCAAAUUGGAAAGGUUGAUGACUCAGAUGAACUCCAGACUGUAACAGGAAUGGAGUUCUUGUUCCAUUUGUAGACCACUUGGCCUUAAAGAGUAAAAACUUUGUUGUUUAAAAUUGUGCUGUUCGCUUUGUUUUGCCUGUCUGUAUCAUGAAGAAACAGGUUUGUUCUCUUGAAAAUUUGACUUCUGCGUCAACUAGAAAACUUGAUAAUUAAAACAGAAAGCUAAUAUGGUUCUGGCUUAGUUCAAUACGGUACUGUUGCUUCUUACAUAUUCCUAGCAGAGAAAUACUGAAUCUGCCCAACCAGCUGGCUGAAUUUUCGUUUGUCACUAGAGACCAAGGAAAUUCUCUUUGUUAGGAUGAGGGGGUGUUUUGCAGUGCAUAAAAUCUUAUUUGACCCUUAAGGGUCAGAAGUCAAGAUUGGAUAUCUUUGUAGCUUUAUUCCAGAUAUUAUAAGCAAGCUAAUGAUUUUGAAAAUUGAGGGUUUUUUAAGCCUGGGAUUAAUGAAAAUCUUUGCUGAUAUUUUGGAUUUUUAAAUAGUUCUAUUUUUAAGGAGAUCAUCAGUAAUGUUAACAUCUAAUGAAAUUUAAAAUGUGCUGGGUUUUUUUGUUUGUUAUUACUGACUUUCUUGUCUGGUGUAAAACAUCUACAAGAAAACAAUUUAAAUGUAAAUCAACUAAUUGUAUUAUGAGUUCUGCUCAUUGAUAUGUGUGAAUGCUCUGAAGUAAACUAAGUUUCUCACCUGC